AUGAAGAAACAAUGGUGUGAGAUUGAGGCCAUAGGAAUCAAUUACAAGGUCCACAGCACAGAAACAACAAAACAACCUUUUAAAAUCUUCAACAAACCUCCAAAACCAGAAAAUGAAGCAAAAGCUGAACAAUGGCCAAGUAGUGGAGUUAAGCAUGUUCUCAAGGAUGUUAAUUGCAUAGCCAAGCCAUGUGAAAUUCUUGCAAUUGUUGGGCCAAGUGGAGCAGGAAAAUCAUCACUGCUUGAGAUUCUUGCUGGUAGAGUUAGUCCACAAAAUGGUGGUUCUAUCUUGGUGAAUCAAGAGCAUAUAGAUAAAUCUCAGUACAGAAAAAUUUCAGGGUAUGUUACACAAAAGGAUACCCUUUUUCCCUUACUUACAGUUGAAGAAACCAUGAUGUUUAGUGCAAAACUAAGGCUAAAUCUUCCUCAUGAAAAACUAUGCUCCAAGGUUAAGUCUCUGAUUCAAGAGCUUGGUCUUAGUCAUGUUGCUAGGACUAGAGUAGGAGAUGGAGAUGACAGGGUUCGUGGAAUAUCCGGUGGUGAGAGGCGCCGAGUUUCCGUUGGUGUUGAAGUCAUACAUGAUCCAAAAGUGUUGAUUCUUGAUGAAGCAACUUCAGGUCUUGACAGUACCUCAGCUUUGCAAAUAAUUGGUAUGCUUAAAGUCAUGGCUGAAUCUAGGGGAAGAACUAUAAUACUAAGUAUUCAUCAACCUGGGUUUGGGAUAGUGAAGUUGUUUAAUUCAAUACUGUUGUUAGCCAAUGGCAGUGUGUUACAUCAUGGUAGUGUGGAUCUGUUGGAUGUGAAUCUAAGGUUGAUGGGUUUAGAGCUUCCUCUUCACGUUAAUGUUGUUGAGUUUGCUAUGGAAUCCAUUGAGACCAUUCAGCAACAACAGCAAAAAAGUCAGCAAGUUCAGGUCGAAGCACCAAAACAAUUACUAGGGACAAUGCGACAAAAGAAAGCUGAUGAUCAAGGUGAAAGUAGAAGUGGUAAGUUUACUCUACAACAGCUAUUUCAACAAUCCAAGGUAUUUGACAUAGAAAACAUGAAUGUAGGAAUGGAUUUCUCUUGUCAUCAUGCUAAUUCUAGAUUGAGAGAAACUGUGAUUCUUGCUCAUAGGUUCUCCAAAAACAUAAUUCGUACAAAAGAGCUGUUUGCAUUCAGGAUAAUUCAGAUGCUGAUUUCUGGGCUGAUUUUGGGAUCCAUCUAUGGUAAUCUCAAAGAUGGUAUAGUGGGAGCAGAACAAAGGGUUGGUCUAUUUGCUUUCAUAUUAACGUAUUUGUUAUCAAGCACCAUUGAAGCUCUGCCAAUUUUUCUGCAAGAAAGGGAGAUUCUGAUGAAGGAGAUUUCAAGUGGAAGCUACAGAGUUUCAUCCUAUGCUAUUGCUAAUGGCCUAGUUUACUUGCCAUUUCUACUCAUACUAGCCAUUUUAUUCGCAGUGCCACUAUACUGGCUUAUCGGUCUCAACCCAAAUUUCACGGCAUUUUUGCACUUUCUGUUGCUAAUAUGGCUGAUUUUGUAUACCGCGAAUUCGGUUGUGGUAUGUUUCAGUGCUCUGGUGCCUAAUUUCAUCGUUGGAAAUUCAUUAAUCGCCGGUGUCAUGGGUUCAUCUUUUUUGUUCUCUGGUUACUUCAUAUCCAAUCAUGAAAUUCCGAAGUACUGGAUUUUCAUGCAUUAUUUGUCUCUAUUUAAGUAUCCUUUCGAAGGGUUUCUAAUCAAUGAGUUCUCCAACUCAAAGAAGUGCUUGGAGUACAUGUUUGGGGCAUGUGUAAUGAGGGGAGAGGAUGUACUUAAAGAAGAAGGGUAUGGAGGUGAGAGUAGUAGAUGGAAGAAUGUUGGGGUGAUGGUGUGCUUCAUCUUUGUUUAUAGAUUCAUUUCUUAUGUAAUUCUCAGAUACAGAUGCUCACAGAGUGUCACCUUCUGA